AUGCCCGCUACUUCUGAAAUCCACUCAGAACAGCUGGUGAAGGAUGUAGCAGAAGGGGAAAAGACAACUCAAACUUCGGAAACUAAGAGCAGUUUCGGAAUAUUUAGUGAUGAACAAGGUUAUCUGGAUCUCAUCCGGUACAUUCUGCAGCACGGCCGCAGAAAAGGCGACAGGACGGGCACCGGGGUCAUCUCCAUGUUUGGGGCACAGGCGAGAUACAGCCUCAGAGAUCAGUUUCCACUUUUAACCACCAAGAAGGUGUUUUGGAAAGGCAUACUUGAGGAACUCCUUUGGUUUAUUAAGGGAUCGACCAAUGCCAAAGAGCUCUCUGCAAAAGGGGUGAAGAUUUGGGACGCCAAUGGUUCUCGUGACUUCCUGGACAAGGGUGGGUUUACUGACCGAGAGGAGGGAGACCUUGGGCCGGUUUAUGGCUUUCAGUGGAGACACUUUGGGGCGGAGUACACAAACAUGCAUGCAGAUUACACGGGACAAGGUGUAGACCAGCUCCAGAAAAUAAUCAACACCAUUAAAACAAAUCCAGAAGACAGACGGAUCAUAAUGUGUGCCUGGAACCCUAAAGACUUGCCACUUAUGGCUCUGCCUCCAUGCCACGCUCUUUGUCAGUUCUAUGUGUGUGAUGGCGAGCUGUCCUGCCAGCUUUAUCAGCGCUCUGGUGACAUGGGUCUGGGAGUACCUUUCAAUAUUGCCAGCUAUGCACUUCUAACAUACAUGAUCGCCCACAUCACAGGACUAAAACCUGGAGAUUUUGUUCACACCUUGGGAGAUGCUCACAUCUACGUCAAUCACAUAGAGCCUCUUAAAAUACAGCUUGAGAGAGAAAUCCGUCCUUUUCCCAAACUCAACAUCCUUCGAAAGGUGGAGAGUAUAGAUGAUUUCCGUGCUGAAGACUUUGAAAUCUGUGACUACAACCCUCAUCCCAUCAUCAAAAUGCAGAUGGCUGUUUAAAAUCAAACUAAAUCUUUGAAGCAGUGGAAAGUGUAACAUUUUUGACAAAAACAUUCUCUUUUGUUUAUGUGUAAAUCUUGGCAUAUUAAGGGUAUCCUGAUUUUAUAUUUGUUAAUGUUAUCUUGUGUUUAUUUGUAAAUAAAAGAACUUUAGGCUA